AUGGAGCGCGCAAAUUUACUCGACAAUCGUCAAUCGGCUGAAUCAAAUCAGGUCGGCACAAUAGUAAAGCUUCACGCCGAUGGAUACCACACCAGCCCCGCACAUCAAAGAACUCCACUUGUACCGCGUGACUUAGGCGAAGAUUUCAAUUUGGAUUUCGAUGAUGAUUUUCCCAUUGAUGCGAAACGGCCUAAAAAUGCCAAGUAA